AUGCGACCUGCCAUCUCCCUUAUCUACACAGCAACAGUGCUAAGUACACUUGGACAAGCAUUCAGCCUCUGGAGCCACUCCAAGCCUCUGAGCUUGCAAGAAAGAGCCAGUAUCUGGGGUCUACCAGAUUGUGCCAGCACAUGUGUCACUUCCAGCUUCGGCGGCUGCAACUCGAUCGAUGUCGAAUGUAUCUGCAAGAACAAAGAUUUCCUUGAGAAUCUCGGUUGCUGUAUGUCCAAGGCCUGUAACAAGGCUGAUCAAGACGUCAGUGAUCUACCUACAGCAGCCACUUGCAAAUCGACCGAUGCAGCGAAGACCACUGAUCAAAAGACUACGCCUGGUCCAACACUCGACCCUUCUUCCCCAACUUCCCUGCUGCCAGCUUUGAGUUCAGCCGCUUCGGCAGCUAUUGCCAAUAUCUCGAAUGGCACGAAUAUCACGGGGUACAUAAGCACGCAGCGGGUCACUGUUACGGCAACAGUCACAGCCAGCAGUACUGGGCAGGCUCCUCGUGUUGCCGCUGAAGUGACUGGCUGGGCUUGGGGAGUAGGUGCUAUGUUGGCUGGAGCUGCUGCUGUGGUUGUUUGA